GCCAGCGGACUACAGCUCCCAGGAGCCCCGGGGCGCAUUGUGCAUGCGCCGCCCCGCCCCGCCCCCUGUCCAGCUAGGAUGCUGUCGGCGCGCGGAGCUAUGGCCAACUUCCGUCUGGCACUAAUUCAGCUGAAUGUACUCUCCGUCAAAUCGGAAAACCUGCAACGUGCCUGUGGGCUGGUAAGAGAAGCAACAGCCAAAGGUGCAAAAGUCGUGGUUCUGCCUGAAUGCUUUAAUUCUCCUUAUGGAGCUAAAUUUUUUCGUGAAUAUGCGGAGGAAAUUCCUGGGGAAUCCACACAGAAGCUUUCAGAAGUUGCAAAGGAGUGUGGCAUCUUUCUCAUUGGAGGAUCCAUUCCAGAGCAGGCCGGUGGGAAGUUUUAUAACACAUGCACUGUGUUUGGACCUGAUGGUGCAAUGGUGGCAAAGCACAGAAAGAUUCAUUUAUUUGACAUUAAUAUACCUGGGAAAAUCCGAUUCCAGGAGUCUGAAAUUCUGAGCCCUGGGGACAGUUUCUCUGUUUUUGAUACUCCAUACUGCAAAGUGGGACUGGGAAUCUGCUAUGACAUCCGGUUUGCUGAGCUUGCUCAGAUCUACUCUCAGAGAGGUUGCCAGCUGUUAGUGUAUCCUGGAGCUUUUAACCUGACAACGGGACCAGCUCACUGGGAGCUACUGCAAAGAGGAAGAGCUGUCGAUAACCAAGUCUAUGUGGUAACUGCAUCUCCUGCUAGGGAUGAAAAAGCAUCUUACGUUGCCUGGGGACACAGCACUGUUGUAAAUCCAUGGGGGGAAGUUAUAGCCAAAGCUGGCACUGAGGAAACAGUUAUAUACACAGAUAUAGACUUGAAGAAGCUUGCAGAAAUCCGCCAGCAAAUCCCCAUUCUUGCCCAAAAACGCUCAGACCUCUACUAUGUUGAGACAAAGAAAUAGUGAGACGUUUAGCCUGUGGAUCUAUUUACCCAGCUUCUUUUGCAACGAGCUCUUGUCCUUUGCCUUAAUCUUCAUAAACAAGCCAGAAAAUCAGUAAUUUUCACACACAGCUAUGAGGAACUCGUACUCAAAUGUUAUAAUUACACAAAGUAAGCUUGAAUGCGGAUGGCUUCUGCGCUGGCUCUUCUAUCUCCUUCCCUACUUCAGCUAUUUCGCAGCACCAUGCCAAGCAGCAAGUUAACUUACGCUGACAUCAGCAAUAAGUUUUGCCUGCUGCUUGUGAACAUUCAAUUAACUGAGGGUAGGAAUGUUACCAUGACCUUUGCCUGUCGGUCUGGAAGUGCCCUGAGGGUUUCAGCUUAUUGAAGAUCAAGGGUGUGAGCCAUAAAAGGGUGUAGGCCAGGGCUAGAUCAGGCCCGUGGCAGACUCCAUUUCCUAGCAGCCCCUGCCUGUGUUUCUGUGGCCAAUUUCCCUGGAGACACCAGGAACAGUGGCGUGGUGACAGCACAGGGCCAGGGUUUCCACGGAUAGCAGGGUGUGGAGCUGCUCCAGGGCUUGGUUCUUACAGUAGUGACAGCAUGGUCCAGAGCUGGGCUAGAGCUGCGAUCUGGUGCCCCCAUGCCCUGGGCAGGGGCCUGCAGGCAGUGGAUCACAGCUCUGCCCUGGCUCCGCUGCAUCAGGAGCACAUGUAAAAAUGCCCUAGGAUUCCCCGUUCACAGGUGCUAUGCUGGCUCAGGGAACCAACAGCCCCAAAUUGGGCACUGAAGCUCACCAUAGAGAUAAUGCCUUGAAUUGCCAAUAUAUGAGGGCUGACCCAAAAUGCUGAGGAAAGGUGGCUUAAGCUGGCCCUUUCAGAGACCAGCAUGCCUCCCUGCUGUUCACAGUAAUGUUCCUCAGGAUCUGCAAACCUGAAUUGUUGGGUGCUCCUGCCAUGCAUGGGAAGGCCAUUUGCAUUUGCUUCAGGUUUUCCCUGCAAAGCUAACACAGUACCCACACCAAGCUGUCUGGUCCAAAGGUGGUAAGGGUGCUCUGUGCUGUAACUUGGUGGUCAGCAGUCACUUCGGUGGUAGAGGACCAUAGGGAGAGGCAGCAAUUGAACUCUGAUGUCUUAAGGGGAAGGUGCUCUGAGCCCUUAUUUUUUGCCACCUUUUUAUCCGCUGAAGCACCUUUGGAAUGGAAAACCCACACCAAGAGUUACUGGACCCUGCAAGCAAAGAGUUCCACUUGUCACCUCUCCCUAUACAGAGCUCCUUUAGUCUCAUGGGGAGGGUGUUACACAUUUGCUGAGGACAAGAAUUAGCAGCACUAAAAAAAAAUAAAAUAAAAUCCAUGCGAGAUUAAAUGGAAUACCUGCAACAGCAUUCUUCAGAACAGGGAAUAACUUGGUAUAACGACAUAAGCAGAUGUUGCUUUGGUGAGUGAGUUCUCUGGAAAAUGUAGGCCCUUGCCUCCAGGGAAUUUUUAAAAUUCUAACAGCAACUUUAAGUAACCACACCUUGUGUGUUAGAAACCGCACAUCAGUUUGUCACUUAUUUUCUGGAAUGAAAUUACUUCUUUUCACUUACUGUAAACUUCUCGCUUGCUCACCUCCUGGCAUACAGGCAGAUCUGUGUAAUUUCUAAUUAUGAUGCUGGUGUCCUCCUUGAAACACUUGAAUUGCAGACAUAGAAGUGUGAAAGUAUGAAACACCAAAGACCAAAUUCUGCUGCAUGCUACUAAAGCAUGUGGGCAUAAUUCUGUUGUCAUCCUCACAGGGUAGGGGCAGGUGUUGACUCAUUGUGUCAGAAAAACAGCACAAGUUUUUUGUGAACAAGUUGUGAAACUGAAUGUUUCCUUUGGGUGCAGUUCUGGGUUUUAGCAGCAGAUGGUGCAAGUGAAGUGGUGGAAGACUUUUUUCACACAAGGCCUAGUAGGCCUGACCUAGCAUAUAGACUUCCAUUGAUUUCUACCUUCAAGCCAAUACCUUCAUCAAUUUUUUGUGUAAAAAAUUAAUUUAAUCCUGUCUCCUGCUGGCUUGAAGUGAAGAGGGGGAAAGAAGGAGGAUUGUAAAAGUAUUUUCUGCUGAGAAACCUCAGGAAAAUGCCAGCCUUUGGGCAAAGUCUGCUUUCCAAAAGGAAAAAACAGUGCUGCUUAGCAGUUGGAACACACUGAGCAGGUAGUCCUUAAUGGAGACAAGAGAAACAUCCCUGGCAGAGGAGGCCCCAUCAACUGCAUCAAGAAUCCCAAAUUCAUACCAUGGCCAAGAUAUUAAAUAAAUAAAAUAAACAAAAAUUAAGUUUGGCUUUUCUGCUCUGGAGCAGCACAUAACCCUUUCAACCCUGAAAAAAGUAAAGGCAGAAAGCAGGGUCCCAGCCCCUUUAGAGAAGCCUCAUACUAAGAUAUACACAGUACCAAGCCCUCUGUCACUUAGCUAGAAAGGUUUCAAUAACCUGAGUCACCAAAGGGAGCAGAGGAAAGAAGCCACAAUCAUUAUUAUCUGCAACUGAAGUUCCAUCUUUGGCUUCUCUUUCCAUAGUCACCUACUUCUCCAGCUACUCCAAAGUCUCCUAGGGAGACCCUUUUCCUCAGGUGUUGGUCUGCUGCCACCCCAUCAGCCUUCUUGGGUCUGGGUUGUCCAUGUCAGCCUCCCCCUGCUGCUGGGAAGAUUAACUUCAAAUUAAAGCCAACUGUUUACAGUCCCGACCUCUUCCCAGGUAAUGGUUCCCCUCAUCACACCUUUCAACAGAGGUCAAGUUUGGCGUCUUGUGCUCUCCUUAAAGAUGCAUAUAAAAGGAGGUAAGAAACAAAACGCAGACUGAGAGAUGAAAUGAAAAUUUAUUAGUUGGAAAAAAAAAAAUCAACAAUCAACUGUUUAUGUCUUUAAUAAAUUUCCAAGAAGGCUCACGGCCAGCCACAGUAGCUUCAGUAGAUUGGCGCCUUUUGCAGCCAACAGUUAGCAUUAAGUCAACCCUAGCUAGACCCAAUUAUAAAAUACAGUAGUUUUAUAUUAGGUUCAGUUUUCUAAAAAACAUGUCCAACUAAUAUUUUUCCCCAGAAUAGUUUUAUAUGCAACAAAGUUUUAACCAGAAUGUACUUGCCUUUGGAGGAUUAAAAAAAAUAAAAAUAAAAUAAAAAUGUGGGAUGCUGAUGAACAGUCCAAAUGUUGGUUUUUAAAAUAAUAAAACAGCAUUUACAAUGAGGGAUAAGCUGAGAAGAAAGUUUGCUUUGAGUAAAAGGCUGUUUAGUCCUGGAGUGUCAAACGGAGAGAUGUGAUUCCACCUCGACAUAAGUCCCAAAUGGGCAAAGUUGAUUAAAUGACUCAAAUCCACCCCAAAUACCUCGUUACAUCAGGUCUUGCUAUAGCUUGAACUCACCUCCAAGGGAGGCCAAGAGGGUUUUGUGUUUGUCAAAUUAGACAUCAUCCCUAGGCUCCUUAGUAGUUAAAGCAGUCACUACCGUGUUGACAGAAGGCAGGCACUUUAAGUAAUUGCUCUUUCCAUAUGCACCAGCAUUCUAUAAAUAUAGAAAAUCUAUCAACAACAGAACAUAAAUAUUUCCCAAAGCACAACCCAUAUGAAUACAUUCUCUAGGAAUAGCAAAGCAAGAUGGCAGGUACUGCAGUUGGACAGGGGGCAGGAACAUUGGUAUCAGCACUGCUGGGAGGCCUAGUCUGAGCUGUUUACUGGUUCAACUGUUCCCAGCACUCCCCAGUGUAGAAUCCAGACCAACUGCUGACCGGUUACACCAUAGUUUUGAAGGCUAGUACCUGCUGCACUCGUUCACCUUUGGAAGUCUGGGUUCAGAUCCUGCUGACUGAAGUCAUAACUUCAAAUUACCAUUUGUGCACCUUGCAAACUGUUGGCACGCUGUAAGCAGCUGACUGGGAACACGAGCUGCAGGGUUUUCUUCAUAGGAUGAAGGUAUAUGGUUGGUUAGUGAGGGAUCUGCUUCUCACAGCAUCAGGCCUAAGGCUAGUCUGUUGUACUAGCUCUACAUUCUUUCACUAGGGUUUUUUUGUUUUGUUGAUUUUUUAAAUAGCAGCAAUAAUGUUAACUCCUUGCGUUUCUCACACUCUCAUUAUUGAACAGGGGUGUUUGUGAGUUCUUAUGCAGCACUCCUGGCAUGAAGACAAUUCUUAGGAGCUAGGCUCUUUCCUGCAGCAAACUAACAUCUACUCUGCCAGGGAGUGACAGCCAGCUGCUCCAAUUCCUCUUCUACACGCUGCUCUACUGCUUUCUCACACCACCUCACUCAGUGUUCGGCUGUUCACUCUAAGCUUGCACCUUGUCAGCAUUUGGAAGAUUAAGCAGGAGAAGGUAGAAAAGGAGCAGUGGCUACUCAAGUAUUCAUAAUCAGCUUCUAGAUUCACAGUGGCCUCUAAUGUCCACACACAACUGGAGGUCUAUGCCACUUCCACUGAUGCCAUUUGCAAUCUUCUGCCAACACUUCAUCUUACAUAUGUUGAGAGAGAGACACUUGAAUGUAAUAUUUAUUUGUUGACUUUACAGGUGAUGUCAUUUACAAAAAAAUUACAGACAAAUGCAUCUUUCAGUGCAGUUUCAAACUAUUUCAAGAACAGGCAAUAGUCCGUGAUGAUUUGGAAUGCUAGGAUUAGACAGCACAUGCUUGUUUUGUUUCCUUAAUCUUUGGGGGAAAGAAGAGGAGAAACAACAAUGGCAUCAAUAAGGCCAUGCGAAUAAAAACCCUUUUGGGGAACAGGACAUAUUACAGUCAAAGUUUUGAGUAAUUUCUGUGAAUUUGACAUACGGUCGUUCUCAAGUAAGAGAGGCAGCAAUUGCAAGCUCCACGGCAGGCCCAGCACUCAAUAACUGCAGCGUCCUCUGAGAGAGACUGUGUCUUAAACAUCUUCCACUCCACACAACAUUGCUGCUUCAGGAGUUUAGGACUUCCUGAGCUGGGCAUAAAAUGGAAAGUUUAAGCCACUGUCUGUCCACUGUCUGUCCCUGCAUCCCUGGCCAAUGAGGCCAAGUUAAAAAUACAACUUGCCACUGUUAGGCAUUAGAACUCGUGUGCCAAAGUCUCACACUUACCGAGUUCACUUCUGUAAGGGAUGUAAUAGAUUAGCAAAUCAACACAUAAUUUCCAUAAUUUGGAGUGGAGAGAAGGCCCAGAAUACAAGCAGGAAAUCUAAAUGGACACAAAUUAAGCCUUUGCAGGACGUCAGGAGCUCCUCACAAUCCCACAAAGCCAGGGGAAGGCAGUCACAGAAUGAUUCUAGAAGCAAAGAGUAACAGGUUACACCAAAAUAGCAGAAAAAGCUCUCUGUAAAAUUCCAUCACAGAAAGGCUUAGUGUUGAGCAAGUCACCGAUAAGGAACAUGCUGGUAGUUGAACAUCACAUUAGACAGUAUCUGUAGUUUUAGCAAAGACAGUUCUGCAAAUCAAGAACAUCAGUUAAGAUCCCAUAUCCGUUACUGGGCUUUGCUCCUUAUCUCAGCUCACCUGCAAAGGACAAUUUGGAGGAAGCAGAACAAGAACACACUGGCUGGAGUUAGAAAAACCCCAGUUUAAAGUUUUUUCCAUACCUGCUACAGCAAUUAAAUGCAACAAAUUUCAACAGUUGAGGUCAAACACACACAACCCCAACCUUGGCAGUUAAAGCCUCAGGGAGACUUCAGUCUCCUGAAAGUUUCUUUGAACCACUCAGACUUUUAACAGUUCCCAAUGGUUUUAAAGACAGAAGAACAACAGAGAGCAAUGGCCUUGCCUUUCAGUAAUACCUAUGGUGCAGUAGUGUUGACUUGGAAAGCUUUUUUUUUUUUUUUUUUUUU